ACGGGGAGAUUGAGAAACAUUUUGAAAGACUUUUAUCACUCGGACUCCAGGGUUUCCUUCUGAGCGUUUCGUGUAGCAGCAAGUUUGGAUGAGUGCAACUCUUUCUUAGAUCCAGAAGACAACAGUGCCAAGCACUUGAGCUGCGUCGAGUGGUUCCCGUCCGAUCAGCGAACUCGUUUACUUUUAUCUAAAGAUCUCGGUGUUUGCUUUUUUUCGUUCAAACAUUUCAUGUCCAGUUGACUGGUUUUGUUCUAGUUGAGUAGUGGUAGUAGUGACUGGAAGCGGGCCACGUUGCUGUAGCUCUGUGGAGGAGUUAUCAAUUGGGGUUUGUCCCGGCAGUUGAUCUUGAAUUUCAACUGAUGGUAACUGAUUCUGAACCACUGCCAUUCUGCGCUGUACGAGUACUGUAGCAAUACUAUUAUGUCGUCGGGAUCAACUACUGCUGCUGUCGCUGGAUGUGCCGGCGAGGCUGGCGUACGCGGCGCAGCUGUGGCGGGCGGCGCAGCACACACGUUGGGCGGUGGUGAUCCUGCAACAGCAGCAAUGGCCGCGGCGGCAUCGCGAGCACACCCAUGCCCGUGCCUGAUGUGCAGCGAGUCGUUCAACGUGUGCGACAGCGCCGGCAAGCAGUACCUGCUGCGGCACCUGCUCGUCGCGCACCACGUCGUCAUCGGCGAGGUGGAUGAAGUGCUCGACCUGCCCGUGUACUGCUCGUACUGGCAGCAGCGCCUGGCCGGCCAUCAGCUGACGGAGUUCAUGGCCGUCAUCCGCACCAACACCAAGGCGCCAACAGUGCCCACGCCGGAGAAGUACGUGGCGCCGCAGGAGACCUACUACCUGCUGAACAAGGCGCUGCCCGAGGACGCACGUCUACGCCGGGACCUGGCCCUCAAGGCGGCGCUGCACGCGCAGGAGCUGGAGCGCGCGGACAGCAGCACGCAGCGCUCGUGCCUGUUCUGCAGCAGCGAGUUUGCCGGCGAUCGGCGUCAGGUGCUGGCGCACAUGCGCGCGGCACACGGCUUCAAUCUGGGCAAGGCCGACAACCUGGUGUUCGUGGACGAGUUCCUGCAGCUGCUGCGCGCGCGUCUGGACCAGUUCACGUGUCUGUACUGCGAGCGCGUGUACAAGGACCGCUCCACGCUGAAGGACCAUGUGCGCAAGAAGCACCACCGCAAGAUCAACCCGGACAACACGGCGUACGACCGGUUCUACAUGGUGAACUACGCCACGCCGAGCGGUGAGAGCUGGCAGCAAGGCAGGGAGAUUCCCGACGAGGACGACGAUGAUAAUGAUGGUGAUGAUCAGGCGGAAGACGAGGAGCUCAGCGACUAUGCAGGCAGCUACGGAUCGGCGCCCACCGGUUCAUCGGCGGCAAGCAGUGCCGUGAGCGACUCACUACUCGGCGAUAUCGCAUGUCUCUUCUGUCUUCACUACGCCAGCGAUCUCCGCAGCUUGAACGCACACAGCGUCGAGGAGCACGGCUUCGAUCUCGUCGAGGUGCUCGCCAAGCUCGGCUUCUACUGGCGCGUUCGCCUGGUGAACUUUGUGCGCCACCGCGUGAACAAGCGCAUGUGCGUGCUGUGCGACGCGGUGUUUGACAGGCGGGAACUGCUGCUGCGGCACAUGACGGCCGAGCGGCACUUCAGCGUUCCCGAGCGGAAAAUCUGGUCGGAUGUCAACUACUUGUUUCCGACCGACGAGGGUGAUGCACUGUUGCAGCAGCUGGCAGAGCUGGAUGACGACGAUGACGGUGGUGAUGCUGAAGAGUCCGACGGCGAAGUUGCCGUUGCCGAAGAUAUGCAGCCACCCGAUGCGGAGGCAUUCGAGGAGCUGUCUCGGCUUGUGCGUGAUGCCUCGACUCGUGAUGCUUCCGCUGUCGUAUAGAUCUCCUCUAUAUUGUGUAUUUGUAACCGCCUUUGAUGUGGUCUUUGAUAGGAUUGUUGUUGAGCUGAAUAUGUGAGCCCUGAUCUGCCUUUCAGCAGACGUAAUUUUUGGACUUCGGACAUCAGCCCUGCCUACCUGUGUGUGUGUGGUGUGUGUGUGUGUGCGCACGCGCGCGUCGCUGUCUCUCUUUCUCUCUCUAUAUAUCUCUUUUUUUCUCUCCAGUGAUGCAGGCAGGUGCUAACUUUUAUCCUCUCCUCUUCCGUUUUUUAAUUCUUUCGUACAGAAGCUGGCGUAUCACUCUACGUGGGGCUGGCUCCCUGCCAUGAUUGACAUUCAGUUCACAUUGGAUACAAUAUAUAUCGCUCUGCUAAUUGUGCUGUUUCUGCUUGCUUUUGCUGGUUGCCUGGUUUUGUUGUCGAUGAUGGAGGAAUACGCUUCCUCCUUGCUUUGCGUUCUUUGAGUCAACAGACUUUUGCAGUCGAUUACAAUCCCGCCGCUGACCAAACACGA